CUAAUUGUUAAAGAAAUAAUUUCUCACUUUUUAAUCCGUUUUGCAGGAUAUUAACAUAUUCCUUUGUUAUAAAUAAGAGACACGAUAAUGAUGACUGAAACUGAAUGAAGGAACUUUUUAAAAUUUUAAUUUUCAGGCCGGUUGCGCAAGAUUUGAACUUGAACUCGUACACGCAACUGUAGAAUUUAGAGCUGGUCAAUAGAAGAAAUAAAUAGUACCAUAGUGUUUACGUGCGCUUGAUCCCGUAUAUUUUCAUCAAAAAUAUCUCAUGUCAUAGUUCUAGGAAUUCAUGGUUCUCAUAAUAAGAUAAACAAUAAAUAGUAAGUGUAGCUGCCUAGCUGGAAUAUUGAGAACCACUCUGUUAUUGGGAUUAAUUCUAGCUUUAGACUCAGUAGUGUCUGAUAUUCAAACUUGUAAACACAGUAUUUCUUCAUUGGAAGUUAAAUGCUUACCUGUAAUAACUUGUGAAACGUGUUUGCGGAAUUUGAAUGAAAAUUAUAUUAUUUACAUAGAUAUACCAAUAAUGAUAGUUAAUAUCAGUAUUAAUACUAUAUCAUAUUGAAUAAAUUAUCAUAAUUAUAAACAAUCAAUUUAUAUUAUUGUGAGAAUGGAACCUGAAAUUCACAAGAAAGAGUCAAAUCUGGCUGGAACUGAUUUUUCUCGUGAUAAUGGUACGUCUGCAAAUGAAGGGAAAAUACUAUUAAAUAGUAAUUUUGAAACCGAUAGUGCCGGUAAAACUGAUGAAGAAACUCAGCGAAUUGACAAUCAAUGGAAAAAAACUCUAUUUGGCACCAAAAGAAAAUUGGAUUCACUGGAUGCCCGAGAUGAGGAAUCUGAUAUGUCGAACGAAAGAUUGCAGAAAACAAUUCAAUCUACUGUGAGAAAAGUCUUAAAAACCGCUGAUAAAAAAUUGAAUACGAACAAGUCUCAUUCAUCUGGUAAUCACAAUACAUCUGAUGUAAAUGAAGCAACACAUUAUGAAAAUUCAGAAACAGAAAAUGAUACCAAAAAUCACGAGCAAGCGAAGCGAAUUCAACGUCGCCGAAAGUCUAUAAUAUUUAGUGCAAAACGAAAAAUAAAUUUUUCGAACAACAAAGACUCCGAUGAAUCUGCAGAUGAGGUGCCUAACAAGCUAAGCCACAGAAAAUAUAAACUAAAAAAUCUUCCAAAACACAAGUUGACCAGUAAUAUUGGUGAAAAAAAAUCUGAUAGAAAGCUUCGUCAGAAUAAGUCAAAGCUAGCUGGUAAUACAAGUAAAGCCAAUUACCAAAGUAAAACUGAAGAUACCGAUGUGGAAACGGAAACACCCUUAACAACAGUCAGCGAAGAGAAUCAGGUUAUGAAUAGUUCACUCACAGAAGUUCAAAGUACUCAUAACAGUGACAUUUUGAAAUUGCUUAACCAGGGUUCGCCAAAAGAAUUGGAGUCACUUGCCCGUAUUGGACCUAAAACAGCAAUGAUGCUGGAUCAAUACAGGAAACUAAAUGGGAAAUUGGAAACCAUUAGGGAUCUAGAGAACAUGCCUGGAUGGUCUCCAAAAGUCUUUAAACAAUUUCUUUCGGCUAACAACAUUAUUCUUGAUUGAUGUUUGUGAUAUCAAAAUGUCCUGAAGGAUAUGGUAAUCGGAGUGCGGAAUUCCUUCUGCUGGUUGAAAAGUAUGUGCCUGGUAAUUCCAUUUUCAUGAAUACCCAUAAAUAUAGUCAAACGUUGAUUUUGCAAUAUAAAUGAUAUUGUUUCUGUACAGAGUUUUUGUUGUUUUUGAAAUGUGUUGUGUUUUGUGCUGGUGAAAAUCCAAGUUAAUAUCGUUGAAGAAUAUUUGUUUAAAUAUUAGAUUUAUUUGGCACCAAAUAUUUUGUAGCUACAAAUUCAAUUAACCAAUUAUAAUAUAUUCUUGAUAUUUUCAACAAUUAUUUUGAAUCUCAAACGAAUGUAUUGAUUUAAUGUACACACUUAUAACGUUGAAGCCACCAAAAAAUUAAGAAAGUUUACUGUUGGAAAACCGUAUGAAUUUGUUGUUCUCAAUUAGAUUU